GCUUGCCACUACAAGUUCCAGGUCAACGCGUUCACAUGCCGGUUCACGCCGCGCCGCUUGGCUGUUUUGAGACGUGGGCACUGUGGCCUCAAGCAAUUUGAUAUUGCAAUGUUGCGCGUGUCUGUGUCAGUGUGCGCUUGCUUUGCUAUAGGCUUGUGGAGCAACAGCAUCGUUCGGUACUUGGCCAUCCAAAUCGGGGAUGACAUCAUCUACGUAAACGACACCAACGUCGGGGGCAGCGGCAUCAACCUGGUGGAGCCAUCGGACUUCAGCUUCCCCACCGGUGGGAUCACAAUUCAGAGCCCGGACCGUUGCUUCCGACUGGCCGUGAAUCAGAAGCCCCUGGACGGAGGCUGGUACCACAACGUGAAACUUCGCGUGAUCAGCGACGCAGUGGAGCAGGACGGCAUCUGUGGCUCCACAGACUUGCUUGGUCAGCAACUUGAUGCACUUCAGCUUGUGGACGCUAGCGGUGGCGGCAAUGCUGACACGAUUUUCACGGACGAGCAGCUGGAUGAGAUGUGCAAUGCGUGCAGGGAACCUGGUCCCGGCUGCGAUUUCCUUAGGGAAUCUACCAACCUGAACAGUUUCGAGUGCACCCCGGAUCUGCUUCCACAAACUGCGGAUGGUCCAGACCCAAGCAACCUGACCCUCUACAAUGAGCUCACGAAUGAUGGAGACUACUGCGUCGCAUAUGUGAAGGUGAAGGGCCCGGGCUCCAGUCCAAACUGCGACGUGUACUGCAAGGACAUUGGCUCGACGUGUGUGGGCGUGUGGGACCAGCUUAGCGACACGACCUGCAACCUGGAUCCUGUGAAUGUGACGGAAUUGAGGCGGGCCAGUUGCACAAACAGGGCGAAGCUCAUGGACAUGAUCUGCAUUUGCGACAAGCCUCCUGCGGACAACCCACUCCCUGGGCCGGGGCCGGACAGGGUUUGCGGAGACGAUCAGAGCCUUUUCGAUGCCAAGGAGCUUUGCCGAAUUUGCCUUCCCAACGCAGAGCUGCUGGACAACCCGGUCUCCGAGGAAGAUGCGCGCUUUCGGUCCUGCAUCAUCGAUGUUUGCUCACUUCCAGCCUCAGCAUCCGAAGAUGACAAGAAGGCCAUGGUCGAAAACAUGUGCGAGAACGAUCCGGAGCUUCCCCCCGACGGAGACCAGGUCUGCUCCGCAGGAGG